AACUGAUAUUACUAUAAAAGAAUAGGUCAUUCUAUACAUAUAUAGACAAAGACCAUCCAUUCCGUCUAUCCACUUGCUAGAUUUCGAUAAUUAUUUCAAAUCAUCAGUACUAGUAUUACUGCAGGGACGGCCAUGGCUGAUGCGAUGGGGUUUGAAGUUGAAGUCAACUGCUCUGCCAAUAUGUUUUAUGGAUUUUUCAAGAACAAAGUAACUCAACUCGCGAAUCACUUUCCCGAAACUUAUAAGAGGAUUCAAGUUAUCAAAGGAGAUGGAACUAGUGUUGGCAGUGUCUGCCUCUGGAAAAUAGAGCUCGAUGGUCGUUUUAUCACACAGAAGGCGGAGAUGAUAGCUGUGAACAGUGAAAAUAAGUCCAUUACUUGGAACUUUUUGAAGGGAGGAGACGUGAUGAAUCUUUACAAAAGCUUUCAGAUCAAACUGGUCUCCGUCACUCCAACUGGUGAAGAAUCCUGUUUGGUAGAAUGGUCUGUAAAUUAUGAGAACGCCAGAGGAGAUUAUCUUCUUAUUCCAACUGGUUUUAUCAACUUGCUGCGAAAAAUUUCCGUUAAGUUGCCUUCUCAGCUAAACAAACAGGGCUAAACACCUGACUGUGUUCAUGGGAAUGCAACCACGACGACUACUGUAAUAAAAGCUGUGUAGAGAUACUACACCUAAUUAAUUUAAAUAAAUUCAGUACAAAGUUGGAUGACCUUUUAAA